CUGAGUCAUAAAUUCUACGUGGGACCAUUCUCAUAGAGUGCUGGGAGACCAAUCUGACAAGGCGAUUAGAAAUGAGAGACGUUAGAGGAAUACUAACUAAGGCCCUAUUGGCCGUCAUUUUCUCAAAUGGACUUUGCAAAGGAUCGUCAGAAAGGGAACAUGUCUUGAAAAUGGAUGAAGCCUUGCUAACAGUCCACAACCAACUGCCAGAGGGCAUCACCCUUCUCUUUGUCUCAGACUACUGCUACAAGUGUCUGUACCAGCCACUGGUCAGUGUUAGUGGAGGACAAAGCAAUACGUCUGUAGUUGUGAGCACACUCUUCGCCCUCACUUUAAUGGUGGAGCAGGACCCUGGAAACCGGACCUUAUGCAGGAGGAUGGAGACUUUUGAGGAGGCAGGACAUUACUCCCUCUGGGUCAGAGAGUCUGAGACACCGAGCGAUGUGACCUGCUUUCUGUCUGUGGACAAGAAUCCAAGCAACAGCUACCUACCUCUCCUGGCUGCAGCUGUCCUUCUGUCCUUUCUGUCUCUCCUCUGGACAGCGGCGCCGUACAUCUACAGAUGGAAGUGUACUUCAAAGAUCAUCAAUUUAAUUUCCUGCCGGCGCCCUCAAUUAUCUACAGAAAAUGAAGGUCCAUCCAUUGAAUCUGGUAGCCAGCCAAGAUCAUCGCGGCUAAAAUCACUGGACACCUUUCGAGGGUUCUCUCUGACUAUCAUGGUGUUUGUGAACUACGGAGGAGGAGGCUACUGGUUCUUUCAGCAUGCUCCAUGGAAUGGUCUGACGGUGGGUGAUCUGGUGAUGCCUUGGUUUGUGUUCAUCAUCGGUACGUCUGUGGUGCUGGCGUUCAGCUCCAUGCGCAGAAGAGGGGUGGGCCGCCUGCAGCUGCUGAGGAAGCUGUCCUGGAGAACGGCGGUACUGAUGCUGAUCGGCUUCUGCUUCAUCAACUACAGCCCCAAAGAUGGACUGUUGUCGUGGUCAUGGUUACGGAUUCCUGGAGUUUUGCAGCGUUUGGGCUUCACCUACUUUGCUUUGGCCUUGAUGCAGACCUUCACAGCCCAGACAGAUGUCCCACUAAAACAGCAUCAUUGGUGGAACCCUAUUCAGGAUUUGGUUUUGUAUUGGCCAGAGUGGAUCUUCAUCAUCAUUCUGGAAACUGUGUGGUUGUGUGUCACCUUCCUCCUCCCUGUCCCGGACUGCCCCACCGGCUACUUGGGGCCCGGAGGUAUUGGAGAUGAAGGCCUGUUUCCAAACUGCACUGGAGGAGCAGCUGCAUACGUAGACAAGUGGUUGUUAGGAGACAACAUAUACUGGCAUCCAACAUGCAAGGCCCUAUAUCGUACAACACAGCCCUUUGACCCUGAGGGAGUUCUAGGGACGAUCAACUCUGUGGUCAUGGGAUUCAUGGGGAUGCAGGCUGGGAAAAUUCUCCUGUUCUUUCGCCCGAAGACUCACGAGGUGUUGACCCGCUUUCUUGUUUGGGCCGUUCUCCUGGGAACCUGCGCAGCCAUCCUUUCUAAGUGCACGCGAGACGAAGGAUUUAUACCUGUCAAUAAAAAUCUUUGGUCUCUGUCUUAUGUGACCUGCAUGGGCUUUAUGUCCUUCCUCCUGCUCGGAUUGAUGUACUUCAUUAUAGACAUCAAAGGCUGGUGGGGUGGGCAGCCUUUCAUAUACCCAGGCAUGAACUCCAUCUUCGUGUACGUGGGCCACUCUCUCCUGGGUUUCUAUUUCCCAUUCAGCUGGGAGAUGCGCUUCCAAGAUAGCCACUGGGAGUGGCUCUUCAAGAGCCUAUGGGGCACCUUCCUCUGGGUGCUAAUCGCCUACCUCCUCUACAGGAAGAAAUUCUUCCUCAAAAUCUGAUGGCCCACCAGCUGAAGACUGAGCCAGCCCCCCCACUUUGACCACGCCGGACCAUAAAAUCAAAUUAGGAAUAUUUUGUGGGCUUAAUUAGCAAAUAGCUAUGCGUGUAAAAACCCUGGGAGGCCAGAUUUAUGGGUGACCGCAGACACCUGCGAUGUUUUAUUUGGUGUCUGCUCUGUUAGGACCAAAUGUGGCGAUUAAAUCAAAUAUACUGAAGUGGUACUUAACAAAUUAGAAGGAGCGAUUCCUCCACUCCAGGAUAGCCAUUAUCAAUCGGUUGCCAUGGCCGCACCCCAGUGUUCUAGGGGGGAAGAGGGGGAACCAUCUGCUCCUCAAGUGACAGUGCCUUAAUAGGGGUCAAGCUGGACGGCUCAGUAAGGAGUGUGUGUGUGUAAUAAGGCCAGCCCCCCUCUCCUGCUCACACUAAUGGGGAGUCAGAGAUAGCACAUGUCCACAGCCCACCCUCGCCCACACCACACUGCAGCAGAAACAAAACACUGAGAUCUCUCUUUGGCUUGAUAUCACUUCUUCACUCGUUCUUUUGUAUCUCUCUGUUGUUGUAGUUGCUGUGCAUAGGGAGGACUAAGAAUAAAAUAUUUUUGGUCUUG